UUUAAACACUCUUUACAUUUUGACUUCUUUUUGGAUUAUUUUUUAUGAAACCAGCAGUUGGUGUUAAUCGUUAGGAGCUAAAGACUUCAACAGCCAUGUUGUUGGCAGAAGCUGGAUGUGUGUUUAUGGGUUUCAUCCUGUACAUCUCAGGGGUUCAGGGACGAAAAAACAGCAUCUGUGCCUUACAAGGUUCAUCAGUGGAUCUGCCCUGCUCAGCUGAACAUCCCACUUCAAACAUAAAAUGGUACACUGUUCACUGGAAUGGAUAUAAUUUUGUUCUGAAUGAAGUCUCUGCAGAUGGAAAUCGUGUAACGUACAACAUGUCAGAAGAGAAUCACACAACUCUAACAAUCAAAGAUGUGACAGAGAGUGAUGCAAAGAUUUACUGCUGCAGAGAAAAUACUGACAAACCAGAACUCUGUUGGUCAAACAGAACUCAGCUCCAUGUUACAGACCUGCAGGUGAAGGUGAUUCCCACCACAGAGGGACAGACAGUAUCACUGAUGUGUAGCACCAGCUGUCCUCUGACUGAAAACCCUGCAGCCUACAUCUGGUACAAGAACGGAGAGUUUCUCUAUAAGGACUGGUCUCCCUGGUACCAACAGCUGGUCAGCAGUGAGGAAGCAGUCACAUACUCCUGUGCUAUCAAAGGCCACGAUGAUCUCAGAGCCCCUGAAGUCUCAGUGGAUUCUGUCACAUCGACCUGCUUUAGUGUGACCUAUGCUAAAGGGAGAAUGUGUUCUGAUAAGCAGACAUCAGUGGAUGAGCCCUGCUCCAUCACAUAUCCCAGAGAAGUACAUGUUCAAAGGACUCAUAAAGAGGGAUAUGUCCUACUGACCUGCAGCACCAGCUGUCCUCAGAUUGACUCCCAAACUGCCUAUAAGUGGUACCGAGGUGGAUACAGAUACUUCGAUAGUCAACAGCUUUCUGUUUUCACCUUAACUGAUGAAGGAUUGUACUGUGCAGUAAAGGACAAUGAGGAUCUGCUCUCUCCUGAAAUCUGCUCUGAUGAUGAGAAGUGCUGGAGUGUGAAUUAUGUCAGCAGAAGAAUCUGUGCUCUGCAAG